UUUUUUAAAUCGUUUACAUUUAAUACGCGUGUGUCCUAAAGAAGUGAUAUAUUAAGUAAAAAGUGAAAAAUGAGUGAUGAAACGGGCGAUUCGGGCGGGGCAACAGCCCCACUUCCAUCGCCAUCUAAUGCGGAUACGGAACCAGGAGCUACUGCCUCCAAAAUACCGGGUCCAAGCAGAUCCAAUAUUCCCACGCCCGCUGCUUCAGGUACCGGAAUCCCGCAGCCCAGCAAAAUGAAGGCACCAUCCAAUUUCGGAUCUACCGGGUCUGUUUCCAAAAUUGGAAGACCCUGCUGCAAUCACACAACCCCUAAAUCUGGGCCACCACCAAGAGACACCGCCAGCAUGAGUCGUGAAAGCGAUGACAAUUUAAGUUCGAUCAAUUCGGCUUAUACAGAUCACAACAGCGCAGUGCUGACAGCAAAUACAGAGCAGUUCAUCAUUGGCCAGCGGGUUUGGCUUGGUGGCCUUCGUCCCGGACAGAUUGCCUACAUUGGCGAAACACACUUUGCACCCGGCGAAUGGGCGGGCGUUGUCCUGGAUGAACCAAAUGGUAAAAACGAUGGCUGUGUGUCGGGCAAAAGAUACUUCCAGUGCGAGCCGAAACGCGGCAUUUUCUCACGCCUCACACGUCUUACCACAUAUCCCAUGUCUGGGGCCCAGACACCGACUUCUCCCUUGGCCAAAAACUCCCCGGACAGAUCGCGCACAGUGUCGCCAACUGCGAGUAUUCGUAGUUCUAUGCUUCGCAGUCCAGGCAUUGGUGGCAAAAACGGCAUGGCUGUGGGCGAUCGUGUGAUUGUCUCCUCUGGAUUUGGCAGUCGUCCGGGUAUCUUACGCUUUUUGGGUGAGACACAAUUCGCUCCUGGCAAUUGGUGCGGCGUGGAAUUGGAUGAGCCUAGCGGCAAGAAUGAUGGAGCUGUGGAUGAUAUAAGAUACUUCGAGUGCAAGCCCAAGUACGGGGUGUUUGUACCUAUAGCGAAGGUUUCGCUAUCGCCGUCAUCGAAGAAAACGCGCCUUUCGAGGACCGGAUCACGGGAGUCCCUCACCUCGAUCGGCACCAUGAACAGCAUCGCCACCACGGCCACGUCGCGCAUGCGCAUGAAUGCUCAGCAGCGCAAGUCGAUCACGCCCGUUAAGCCAAUUUUAGCGACGCCGAAAAGCCAAUUUUCCAUGCAGGAUCUGCUGCGCGAGAAGCAACAACAUGUGGAGCAGCUGAUGGUGGAGCGCGACCUGGACCGCGAGGAUGCCCAGAAUCAGGCGCUGCAGCUGCAGAAGAACAUCAACGAGGUAAUUAUCUUCACCGAUACCAUGUACGCACCGCUGCCCUAUGCGGAUAGAUCGCGACCCUAUCGACCGCCCGGCAAGAAGUCAAGGGUUAAGAGUCCACAGCAACAACAGCAUAUCUGGGUGCCCACCACCCUGAGCAGCUGCAUCACAACGAGUACAAGACCAACUAUAACAGCAGCAACAUGCAACAGACAGCCCUUGCAACAGCAACAGCAACAUGUGUUGCAGGCACAGCAGCAACUUCAGCGGCAGGCCAAGCCAAAGAAAGUUUGGUUUUGCGAUAAAAAGAAACUUUUUCCACUGAAGGCAAGAAUUGUUGAAUUGGAGUCGGCAUUGGGAGAUGAACGAAAGAAAUCGGAAGAGUUGCAGUUCUCUGUAGACGAAGCCCAGUUUUGUGGCGAUGAAAUGAAUGCUCAGUCCCAGGUCUACAAAGAAAAAAUCCACGAUCUGGAGACGAAAAUCACACAACUGGUGUCCGCCACUCCCAGUCUGCAAAGUAUACCACCACCACCUCCAGAUGAUAGCGCUUUCAAGGAAGAAAUUGCUAAGCUCCAGGAAAAAUUGAAUACUCAGCAGAAGGAAACGGAAUCCAGGAUCGCCGAGCAGCUGGAGGAGGAGCAGCGAUUGAGGGAAAAUGUAAAGUACCUGCAAGAACAAAAUGACACUCUUCAGUCAGAGCUCCUUUCCAAGGAUGAGGCCCUGGAAAAAUUCUCCCUCUCAGAAAGUGGAUUAGAAAAUCUUCGCAGGGAACUAGCGCUGCUCAAGGAGGAAAACGAAAAGCAAGCUGAGGAGGCAAAAGCUGAUUUCUCUCGAAAAUUGACCGAAAAAUCGGAACUGCUGGAAAAGGUCACCUCCGAAUUGCAAAACCUGAAAGCAGUCUCCGAUACUCUAGAAAGCGAAAGGGUUAACAAAACCGACGAAUGCGAGAUUCUUCAAACCGAAGUCCGAAUGCGGGAUGAGCAAAUCAAGGAGCUAAGUCAACAACUCGAUGAGCUAACCACCCAGUUAAAUGUACAAAAAGCAGAUAGUUCGGCUCUGGAUGAUAUGCUACGCUUGCAAACGGCGGGAAGUGAUGAAAAAUCGACUCUUUUAGAGAAAACCGAGAAGGAGCUAAAUCAAUUUAAAGAAGAGGCUUUGACAAAUCAACAGGUAAAAGAGGAACUUGAAAAGCAAUUAACUGAAUUAAAGCAAUUGGCGGAACAAGAGAAACUAGUCAGAGAAAAGGCUGAAACUGAAAUCAAUCAAAUAAAAUUAGAAAAAGUAACUAUAGAGCAGCAAUUGGCCUUAAAAGAAACUGAACUGGAGAACUUCCAAAAGAAACAGUCUGAAACAGAGGCUCAUCUUCAGGAAAACAAGGAUAUUAAUAGCCAGAAAGAUCUUAAACUAAUUGAAUCUGGUGAAGCCCUUAAACAACUGCACCUUCAACUGGAUGAGAAAACUAAAGUCCAUGAAGCACUCUUAGCUGACCUGGAAGAGCUGAAGAAAAAUCAGGAAACUGUUUUAAAUAAAAAGGAUCAGGAUAUACAGCAGCUUGAGGCGAAGUCAAGUGAACUGGAAGGAGCUCUAAAGUCCACUCGAGAACAAUUAGAGCUACUUCAACAACAGGCAGCCGCAUCUGGAGAAGAGGGAUCCAAGAACUUGGCCAAAUUGCAGGAAGAGAUUAGUCAGCUUAAGGUCCACGCUGAGAAAACUCAAUCCGAGCUAAAAUCUAGCCAAUCGAAUGUGGAAGCAAAGACCAAACAAUUGGAGUUAGCCAAUGGAAGUCUUGAGGAGGAAGCCAAGAAGUUGGUCAAUCUGCAGGAACAGAUUACCAAACUUAAAUCCGAAGUGGAGGAGACCCAGUCAGCUCUCAGUUCAAGUCAUACGGAUGUGGAAUCCAAAACUAAGCAGUUGGAGGCAGCCAAUGCCGCUCUCGAAAAAGUCAACAAGGACUACGCGGAAUCCCGAGCGGAAGCUUCCCAUCUGCAAGAUCAGGUGAAGGAGAUCACCGACACACUUCAUGCUGAGCUCCUGGCUGAACGAUCCUCCUCCAGUGACCUACAUACCAAACUCACCAAGUUUUCGGAUGAAUUAGCCACAGGUCAAAAGGAACUCACCAGCAAAGCCGAUGCCUGGAGCCAGGAGAUGCUGCAGAAGGAGAAGGAACUGCAGGAGUUGCGAACGCAGCUUCAAGAUAGUCAAGACACCCAGACAAAACUGAAAGCAGAGGUAGAAAGGAAGGAGAAAUCUCUGGAAGAAUCUAUCAAGAAUCUUCAGGAACAACUAGCUAAGUCUAAGGCCGAAAAUCAAGAACUGAGCUCUGGCACGCAGGAGACCAUCAAAGACCUUCAGGAGCGUCUGGAAAUCAGCAAUGCUGAGAUUCAACACAAGGAGAAAAUGGCCACGGAAGAUGCCCAGAAAAUAGCUGAUCUUAAAACACUUGUGGAAGCCAUCCAGGUGGCUAAUGCCAACAUAUCUGCCACCAACGAAGAGCUCUCCACCGUGCUUGAAGUCCUUCAAGCGGAAAGGAGUGAAACUAAUCACAUAUUCGAGCUUUUUGAAAUGGAGGCGGAUAUGAAUUCAGAGAGGCUAAUCGAAAAACUCACAGGGAUGAAGGAGGAGCUCAAGGAUACCCAUCUUCAACUGGAUGAACAGCAGAAAAAGUACCAGGAUCUGGAGUUGAAAUUGGAGCAGACGCAGCAGAGUGAGCAGAAUUUGCAGCAGGAAUCUUUGACUUCCAAGGAGCAAAUAAAGGAACUUCAACAGUCACUCGCAGAAGUUCAAGACUCUCUUAAGCAAAAAGAAGAACUUGUCCAGAAAUUGGAAGGUCAGCUUAAGGAAACCAGUACCAAAUUAGAAGGCGAAUCAACUUCCUCCCAGGAAGUCCAACUAAAACUUGAAGAAGCUGAGAAGAAUAAUAAGAACUUACAAGAGGAGAGUGCCAAAUUAAUCGAACAACUACAGGCGCUACAAAAAACCCAGUCGGAACUCUCCGAGUCCCUCAAGAAAAAGGAUGAAGUUGUACAGAGUCUAGAAGAUAAACUGAAAGAAAGCAAUACUCAACUAGAAAUCCAAAAUUCUGCGACUAAAGAAACCCAAGUUAAAUUGGAGGAGGCACAACAGAGGGAGAAAGCCUUGCAGGAAGAGGCUGCCAAAUUAUCCGGUGAGCUGCAACAAGUCCAACAGGCCAAUGGAGAAGUAAGGGAUUCUCUAGUAAAAGUAGAAGGGUUGGUGAAAGUUUUCGAGGAAAAACUCCAAGCCGCCACCGCCCAGUUGGAAAGCCAACAGGCCACGAACAAAGAGCUCCAGGAGUUGCUGUUGAAAUCACAGGAGACGGAGGGUAACCUACAGGGAGAAUCUCUGGCAAUCACCGAGAAACUACGCCAACUAGAACAGGCCAAUGGGGAACUUAAUGAGUCACUGUCCAACAAAGAGAAAAGCCUUAAAGAUUUUGAAAAUAAACUUCAAGAAAGUAAUUCUCUACUGGAAGGACAAAAGAAAAGCCACAACGAACUCCAGGACAAGUUGGAAAAGGCUCAGGAAAAGGAAAGGAAUCUACAAGAAGAAACCUCCAAGUUAGCUGAGCAGCUGAGUCAACUACAGCUUAAGAAUGAGGAGCUUCAAAAAUCCCUCCAGCAAAAGCAAUCGCUUUUGGAAAAAGGCAACGAAUUCGACACACAGCUGGCGGAGUAUCAGAAAGUCAUCGAUGAAAUGGAUGAUUCGGCCUCCGCUAAGUCCAAGCUGCUGGAACAGCUGCAAAAUAGAGUUGUGGAACUGGAGGCUGCACUCCAUAAAGCCAACGAAGCCCAAAAGACUGCUAAUCAGGAGACUAAGGAACUGAGGCGCCAGCUGGAAUCGCUGGAGUCGGAGAAGACUAGGGAGAUUUUGACCCUCAAGACACAGAUGAAUGGAGCAGGCAGCAGGUCAGGAAAGGGUGAUGAACUUGAGUCACUAGACACCGAGACAAGUCUUGCCAAGAUCAACUUCCUCAACUCAAUCAUUGCCGACAUGCAACAGAAGAAUGAUGCUCUCAAGGCCAAAGUCCAGACCCUCGAAACCAUGCCUAUGGAUUUUACCAAACCGCAUGCCUUUGAUGUGCUGACGAAGCGGAAACCGGCUCCCAGACUUUUCUGCGACAUCUGCGAUGAGUUUGAUCAGCACGAGACGGAGGACUGUCCAAUCCAGGCUAGUGAAGAUCGGGAUUACUCCCCGCCCCCAUCGGAGGCCAAUAACAAUGAGAAGGAACGCAAGCUGCCUGCACCCAGGAAAUACUGCGAUUCCUGCGAGGUGUUUGGCCAUGAUACCAGCGAAUGCGCCGAUGAUGAAACCUUUUAGCUCUACAUAAAUUCUAAAUUAUUUUCCGUUUUAUAUUGUUUUGACUUUAUAGCAUAAUCUUAUUGCGAGAUCUAUCAGAUGAGAUAACUUUUACCUCAGCAGAGAGCUUCACUCAAUCACACAAAAACAUUCUCUAUCUAAAAUUGUGAUCUUGCGUUAUGCACACAUUUCAUGGAUAAUAGUCUAUUUUAAAUUGUUUUUAUUUAUUUAAUGCGAUUCGUGGCCCACACAAUCGGUUGUUUUCGUAAUUUUUGAGUGUAAACAUAGUGUAAAAAAAAA